CUCUGUUCUGCUACCUCUCUCUCUCUCUCCCUCUCUCUCUGGUAUCAGAAAACCAGAAGCCUUGCCAGCGGCGGAAGAUGGAGGAGCCGGAGUCGGAAGAGGUGUCCUCGCAGGAACCGCUUCCACAGAUCACUGAUGACGAUGUCCGCCUCCACGGCAGCUCGCCCUCCGCCCUCUCUUCCUUCCUCUCUGAUUCGCCUGAAAACGCCAGCCUCCAUCUCUCCUUCCUCAUCUCCUUCCUCCACCUAUUUUUCUCCCGUAGUAUUCCUCCUAACCCCCAAACAAUCUCUCUCAUCUCUCAGUCCCUCCUCCCUUCACUCCCGGUCCGCCUCCUUCCUUCUCUCAUGGAAACCCUUCUUUCCCUUUUCCAGGAGGCCCCGACCAUAGAUUCCGACCUCGCUCUCCCUCUCGAUCUCAUCCCAGUUGCUCUUUAUUUGCUCCAGUCCACCCCGUCGCUCAGGAUUCCUGGAUGCCACGACCAGGUACCUGCGAUCGAGUACGUAGACUCUGUGCUCGAUCGGAUUCUUGAGCUGGAGUGGACGCAUUCCUUCCUAUUGAGACUCACUCAUCUACUUCGUGAGUUCCCAUUUGGUGAGCGGAAGAAUUCGCGAUCGUCCGAGUUCCUGUUAAAGGUUUUCGCGGUUAUGGAGGGCGUUGAUCCUCAAGACGUUCCCCCUCUUGUUUACAAGAUCCUAAUUCUGGCUUCGAAGGGGUUCGACAGAAAGGUUGUCGCCAAUGGGAUAGUUGGAUUUUUCAGCGAUGCGAGGGCAUGGCCAGCUCUGGUUCGGAGACAGGUGGAAGGAACGACGCUGCUGCAUCUGGAUUUCGUGGUGAAGCAGGAUCCGUUGUUGGGCCAGCAGUUCCUAAACACACUGAGGUCGAGUCCCGAGAGAAUGUCACACUUUGGGGUUGCAAUGUUGCUCUCUUUCGGGAGAAUUCGGAGGUUUGCCGAAGCUUCCAUGAGCGUUCUACGGAUCGCAGUCCUCAAUUCUCACCGCGAUCACCGCUUGGCAAGUGUUUGUAAAUGGCUUCCGGAUAAUGUAAAGGAAGAGUGCUUCAAGUCAGUUAAAAUGGUAGAACAGGCUAUACUAAGAGCGAUCCAUGAGAGCAGCUCCGGGAGGGAGUACAUUAUACCCAACAUAGUGGAGCUUGGGUUCCUUUUGUUAGAGUCAGCUGGUCGUUCUGACGAAAGAAAAGAUGACGAGUUGUUGGGCGUUGAAGGACUGGGCAUUCAAACACUCAAGACAUUGUUUGAUGUCCAUGACAUAGCUAGAAAUGAGGUGAUUGAGCAGUGCAAGUUUCGGAUACUCUCUCUAAAGCCUCAACAGAGUGUGCCCAUUAUCAAACUUCUCAGCCGCCUGGUACAAAGUUAUCCUUAUCCGUUGCUGGAGCAUGUUGCCCAUCUGAAAGAGCUGUUGGACUAUUUCACAUUCAUGCAUUCUGGAACCGCUCUGAGCAUUUUCAUUGCACUUUUACCGCUCACCAAGCUCAGUCAUGAUCUUAAGAGGUAUAUGAUUCUGGUUGUCCGGAAGGCUGUAUUUAGAAGAGAAAUUGAAGUACGUGUAUCUGCAACCAGUGCAAUUGUUCAUCUGAUCCUGUCAGAACAGAAAAUUGGUAAGAUGGACUCUGAUUCGGUAUCUGAGAUAUCUAGCCAAGCUAGCUGCAGCCAGCAAGCUGAGGUAAACUGUCAGAUGGGAGCCACUCUCUUCCAAGAGCUAAGGGGUCCACUAAGGAGGUGUCUAUCUCAGCAGGCACUAGUAAAAGAGACCUUGUACCAAGGCCUUGUGAAGCUUGUUUUGUUUGAUCCAUCUCUGGCGGAGAUUGUACUGGAUUUCCUUUUGCCUCAUUUUCUUAAAUUCAAUAUAUCCCAAGAGGAAUCCAAUUUUCGUCUUGUUUUGGACAAUUGUAUUAAAAUUGAGAAUGGGAAACCCUAUCUUGAUGAACCACUUGAUUGUUUGUUUUCAUGUGCUUGUUGGAUUCUUUUUCUCCAGCCGCCAGGUAAAACUAAGCAGCCAUUAGAUCAUUCAUGGUCUUGCUUUGGCUUCUCUCUUUCUCAGGAGAAUGAGCCAGGUGGGGUCUCCUGUGCUGAGGCAUUUGCAAAUGCUGUAUUGCAGGUAAGGAAGUACUUCGGGACAGUGAGAUUGGAAGAUAUUUUAACUAAGGAGAUAGACGUACAGUCUCUGGAUGGACAAACAACUAGUUACCAUGCAUUUAUUUUGUUGGGAAUUCUAGAGGUGCUGGUAAAUGCUGUUGCGACAGACUUGGAAAAAUCAAAGGAAGGAGAAAAAAAUCAAUAUGAAAAAGAACUUUAUAAUUUCCUUAAUUUGUAUGAUUCAAUUGAGAAGGUUUACUUUCCAAAGUCUACUAAGAAUGGUUCGAAGAGAAAGAGAGUGAACUCUACUUCCUCGGAUAUGUUUAAUGCGCCCAAUUGUGAGAGCAAAGAGGGCCAUGAAAAUGAGUUGCUGAAGCUCAGACAAAGAAGAAGCCCUUUCCUGUCAACCGUGAGUGUUCAACAUUUAUUCAUGAUGGUGAUGCAAAAUGGUGAUGAAAGUCACAAUUGCCAAGCUGUUUCUCAGAAUUAUCAUCAAACUUCCCAACAAAAGCCAUCCGCAUGUCACUCUAAGCUGAUUCGUUUUGUACUCAACGCUUGUCUUCGUCAGUUAAAAACUUACUCCUUGAUGGCAUCUGAUGACCCAUUGAAGGCUUUGAUAUAUGGAGAUAUCAAGUCCCUAGGGCUUCCAUUGUUGCAGCUGGUUUGCCUGCUUGAAUCACAUUUGGACACAGAGAAAAUACCAAAGAUCAAGGAAGCAAAAGAGAAAGGAGCUUUUGAUGAUGGAGAAGGAGUACUCCAUUUGUCCCUAAUGUGCCUGCAUGAGUUAUUCAAAAUAAUUCUAUUAGGGUCUCAUAUUGAGGAUACUCUAAACGAAAUGAUGUCCGAUUGGAAACAUAUGUUUAAUUCAGGGGAAAGUGCAUGUAUGGAAGAUAAUGAAGUUGGUCAAUGUGAUUUAUCUGUUGGAGAUCAGAAGCUGACAACAGUUUAUUUGUUUUUCAAGAUGGUUAUAAGGCCACUAUUUUGUAAACUUCUAGGACUUUCCCAAUUUCGAGAAUGUGAGGUUCUCCUAGACAUUGCUUUGUUGCUGGGGAAAAUAUUACCUUGCAGUUUGGCGAACUCUAUUGGAGAAUGGGCUAAUCACAUGUGCAGAACUACAAAUUUGGCUAAUCCAAAGGCUUCAGAAAGUUUGUCAGCAAUAGCUAUUUAUUUAAGCUCAUCCCCCAACGAUCUAGCAAUUGCUUGCAGCAUGGCAUCGGAGCUUCUGAAAGUCAUAGGAACAGAGGAGGAAGAACCAAUUAAAGAGUCUAAAGUCUACCUUACAAUAAAUAAUUUGACAGGAAAUGCUGUUGCUACUCUCAUUCUUCAUUCCAUGGAAUAUUUUAUUGUAGAUUUAGAGUGGGCUGUCUUGAAAUGGAAAACUGUUUCGAGAGAUUCCAGCCUGCACUUGGAAGCAGCACUCUGUGCCAGGGCAGAAGCAGUUGUAAGCUUGGCUUCCCAGUUUGCCGAGAUGAACCUCAAAGAUCCUCAUGCAGAACAGUUUCUGAAAUUGGCUGCAAGAAUUUAUAAGAACUUGGCUUGUAUAGCAAAAUUUUGUAUUGCAUCUAAGGGUUACAAACAGACCAUACCAUCUAAUGAGUUCCAGAAACUUGUUGAAGUUACCUGCAAGAAGCUCACAUGCUCGCUAUACAAUUUCAUGGCUCUAAAACAGGGGGAUCAACAGGAAGUUUUGAAGAAGAAAGGGGUUGUAAAUAAGAUACGGAGGGAGACAAAAUGCAUCCCAAACCUUGUAUUUCAGAUUGAAGAUUAUGAGAGAUAUCUCAUUAAACUGAGCAAGCUAACUAAAGUGAACUUGCUCAGGCAUGCCAAGCGGAGCACAGCCAGGGAUUUCAAGAUACUGGACAUUAGGAGCAUGAACGAACCGGGUGCAUCUGGCCGCAGAUCAAGCCAGGCAAGUCAUGACGAAUGUCAAAAGGGAUCAGAUGAUGAAUCGGAAGAGGAAGAAAAUGAAGAUGCUCAGGAUGAAGGUGGGUCUGGUUCGCCUGAAUCUGCUGAAGAAAGGAAAAAUGACGAUAGUAACGAGGAAUGCACAGUAUUAAGAACCAAAAGGACUAAAAGAAACGUUGUUAAAGAUUCAGAAGAAGAUUCUGAGUAGGUAGCGACGUAGGGUCGAGAAAUUCAUGGCUGUUUGGAUUGAAAAGAAGGAUUUCUAAUUGAGUAGUGCAGGAAGAAGAGUCAGUUUAAUGACCCUGGUUCUCAAGACUUUGAGUGACGGAGGCACAUGACUGCUUGGGCCUUUUGGGUACAAAAAGUUUGUUCAAAGAGAGAGAGAGAGAUCCUGUCAAAUAGCAAUCCAUCAAGUGGGGAAGGAAAGCAUCAGAAGCAAGCUGAAAACCAGAUUCAAGUAUGUUAAUGCAGUUACAGGUUUAACUAUCUGACUUGGUUUUCGUCUGCAAAAUUUUGUUCAGUUAAAAAUUUGUAAGAUAAGAAAAGGGAAGCGGAAGAAGCUUUGCUGAAACAAGUUACUAAACUUUUUGCUGUCAUUUUCUAGUCGAUGAAUAUCUUUGAAUCGUCACCGGCAUCUGAGCAUCGGCAGUUGGGACUGAAGUUUUCAAGGCAGGAAUAUCUGUACACGUCUCGAUGGUUGAAGCUCGUGUCCGUUCUGCUGGUGUUCCAAAAGCGACGAAGAAAAAGAAUUCUAGACGUCCAGUACUUCAAACCGAUUGGAACUCUUGGUAGAAGUAGACCAGUUAAUCUGCUAUUACUGAGAUCUGUAAAGUCAUGUGAGGAUUGGACAGGGUUUUGUUCAUGAAAGAUUUGAACUGAAGGGUGGGUCUUGUUCAUUAUGCUUCCCUGAACGACGAGCGAUUUGGAAUACAAAACUUGUUUUUAGCGCA